AUGUUCGGUCCUUUACCAAAAUUGGGUGAGGUCAGGACAUUUACCCAACUCGAUCCAGCCUAUAGUCUUGUGACAGUGGUCGGCCUUGGUGACAACAACGCAGGGUACAACAAAAGAGAGGCUAGGGACGAAGCUAAAGAAAAUAUCAGGAAAGCAGUGGGCGUGGCGUGCAGAGUUUUACAAAGUCAUUUUGUGGACAAGAUCUACGUUGAAGGAUUUGAUGACCCAGAGUCGGCUGCUGAAGGAGCCACUCUGGCACUGUGGGCCAACCAACAACUGAGAGAUCCGGCGAGGAGGAAAAUUAAAAUCCCAGAUCUUAUAAUGUACGGCGACUGCGACUGGAAGAAGUGGCGCAUCGGUUUGGAAAAGGGAGAAGCACAAAACUUUGCUAGAAAGCUCAUGGAGGCCCCUGCGAACAUAAUGACUCCCAGGACAUUUGCGUACACAAUAGUCCAGGCGUUGUGUAAAACGAGUCUGAAUGUGACGUUGAGAGGUGCGAACUGGUUGAAAGAGCACAACAUGAACGCGUUUCUCUCGAAUACUCAGGGUUCCCCACAGCCGCCUUUCCUCAUGGAAAUCGACUACAACGGGUGUGACCCAGCUAUUCCUCCCAUCGUACUAAUCGGAAAAGGGCUGACGUUCAACAGCGGAGGUCUGUGUAUCAAAACUUGUGAAGGGAUGAAGCACAUGCGAGGGGACAUGGCAGGAGCGGCAGUCGUCGCAGCCACCUUCAGGGCAGUCGCGAACCUCGGGCUACCGAUCAACGUGCGUGGACUGAUGCCGCUGGGUGAGAACAUGCCCGGUGGUUCGGCAGCGAGACCUCGAGACAUCGUCAAGUCUACGAGCGGGAAGUCGAUCCUAAUCGCCGGGCAAGACUUUGAUGGAAACCUCUUACUGACGGAUACUCUUUGCUACGCACAGAAAUUCAGACCGAAAUACAUAGUGAGCCUCACGACGAUGAGCAAAGAAAUUGAAACGAGCUUCGACUUGAGUGCCUCCGGAAUAUUUACGAGCAACGAAAAACUGUGGCAGUUACUGAAAACUGCAGCUGUGCAUUCUGGUGACCGUAUCUGGAAACUUCCACUUUGGAAGGUGUUCGAACGAGAGAUAAUAGAUAUUAAGAGCGCUGAUCUUUCCAAUCUGGUGAAAUUUCCCCGAGGCAUGCCGUGCACCAACUCUGCAUUUCUCAACCAGUUCACUUGCAAGCCCAACUGGGCCCACAUAGACCUCAUGGGGACGAUGUACGAGUACGGGAAGACAUCGUACUUGAGAAGAGGCAUGUCUGGAAGACCGACAAGGACGAUUAUAGAAUUCCUUGGACAGAUGGCUUAUCCUCCUCUUGAUAUAAUCAAUCAACAGCAAAAACAAUCCAAUUAUGAGACGGACUAA